AUGAGCGAGAGCGACUCCCAGCAUCAGCGCAGCCGCUCUCCGACAACCAACAUCGCAGCCAACGCUGCCACAAGGAUCCGGAGAAGUGCUGACGACACACGAACGACACGGACACCGACAGCCAGGUCGACGGCCGCAACAACGCGCAAGGGCAAUGUCCCCCAGCCGCUCGACGUCAAUAGCGGCGGCCCUUCACUAAUGGACAGGAUCCAGUACAAUCCCCCUACAGGCGGCAUCGUCCCCGAGGUCGCGCCCUGGAUGUCGAACAGUGGACCUGGCAACAUCAAUGGCAAUGGCUUCUCGACGCCGGGUCAGACCGGACAAUCGAGCUUCUACCACGAUUCGAGCGAUGGGCAGUCCGUUGCCUCGCAAAUCUCGCCAGGACAACCAUCAUCGCCGUCGCACCGCAGACCGUCCGGCAGCCACAGUGAGCUACCCGAUGCCCACUACAGCUAUGACAGGCGUCCAUCAGCGGCAAGCAUCGCGACGGCGAGCAGUACGGGCUCAAAGACGAGCUUGAAUAGGGGUGGCAUGCGCAAGCUGCAAGGUUUCUUCGGUGAAGAGUUCCCAGGACGCGACAGCUUCGACGGGAAGAGCAUGCAUAAGGACCAGCAAGCUCGCUCCUUCAGCGGUAGCAAGCAAUCAUAUCGGGGCAGGAAAGCGUCGAAUGCAACAUCAACGAGCCAGACGCGGGACGUAUCGCCAUCGUCAUCGAGACCAAGGACGCCUGUUCCUGCGCCAGAGGUGGUUCCAUUCUUGUACCAGGAUAAUUCGGACAUUGCUCGUUACGGUGAAGCGCCCGUACGAAACAGCCUCACAGGUCUCGAUCGCGACCGCUACCUGAACGAGGGGCAGUCCCAGUCCCAAUCCCAUUCCCAAUCUCAGAUUCCGCCCAAGACAUCUUCGUCAUCCCGAUCGGGCCACUCCAUUGCGCACCUGCCCGGCCACAGGCACCGUCACAACCGAAGCAACGAUGACCCACGAGCCCUACGACCGACGAUGAGCAGAGAAGAAACCAGCAUAAGCGCUAAAGCCCCGGGGGCCACCACAAUGGCGCGCGACAAGGCUCGCCCGCACGCCACCUUUCCUACCCGGUCGAGGGGCCAGAGCCCGACUUCCAGUACAAGCAGCGUUGCGCCGAGCGGAGGCUCUCCAGGCACCCAUGGUAAGAUGGGCCUGCUGGGUCGCUUGCGACAGCACCACCAUAAUCGGAAGGAUCAGAAGGAGGGCAAUGGCGAAGAGCGACACCAUCGCAAUCCCGCCGCCACAGCUGCAUCCAAGCUCAGGAGCCUGCCGCAGUCGACCAAGUCGCUCCAAACAAAAUCGAGCACGACAGACGUGGGCCGCCGCAGGGAGCUGUCGCCAUCCGCCUUACCGCCAUUGGGCCCUACCAUGACCGAGGAGUCACCCUUUUCUCUGGGCGCACCGGCUAUAGAUGGCCAUGCUCCGUCGCGCGCUGGGCCUUCUCGCGGUGCCACCUUUAACAACAAAUUCCACUUUCCCAAAAUGACAAAGUCAUCACAACGCGCACACGAAGACCUCGACGAGUCGAUAGGGCCGACCGACCAGGGGCAACGUCAUCCUGACCCUGGCGCCCUGUAUCAUCUUGACACGAAUCUCAAUGAUAUGGAAGGCAUCUUGACGAGACCACCGAGGCUGGAACCGGUCGACGUGACGUUUCCCAACGAUGACCGUAGAGAGUCGAUUGCCUCCCCGCCACCGAAAGGGCGCUGGGAUGCGCCUGAUAGCUGGGCUGUGCGGCGUAAUACGGACGACCAGUCGAACCACACCACAGAGAUGGAAGAGUUGCAGAGCCCCCCACGACCAGAGGAGAAACGCGCGCCCUACUGCAUACGCAUAUUCCGAUCAGAUGGCACCUUUUCUACCCACUCGAUGCCUCUGGACUCCUCUGUGUCAGAGGUGAUCUCACAGGUCAUCAAAAAGACCUACGUCGUGGAUGGUAUCGAGAACUACCACGUCAUCCUGAAACGCGGCGGGCUCAUCAGAGUGUUGGGCAACAAUGAGUUGCCGCUGCUCAUCCAGAAGCGUCUUCUUCAGCAGGCUGGCUACGAGGACAAGGACCGCAUCGAAGACGUUGGGCGUGAAGACAACAGCUAUCUCUGUCGUUUCGAGUUUCUUUCGUCCAAGGAGGGGGACUUUCACUCACAAGCGACCGACAAUGUUGCUGGAAACACGAAGCAGAAGCUCAGCUACGUGAACCUGACAAAACGCAACCUCGUGACGAUUCCCAUCUCGCUGUACCUGCGCGCCUCCGAGAUCGUGUCGCUUAACCUCUCAUAUAACCUCUCACUCGACGUGCCCAGAGAUUUUAUACAGUCCUGCAAGCACCUACGUGAGAUCUCUUUCACCAACAAUGAGGCACGAAGGCUGCCCCUCAGCCUGGGCAGAGCGUCGAAACUCACAAUGCUCGAUGUCUCUAACAACCGACUAGAUCAGCUUGAGCAUGCAGAGCUGGAGUCAUUGACCGCUCUCAUCAAGUUGAAUUUGGCAAACAACCGUCUAAAGGCCUUGCCACCCUACAUUGGCGCUUACAAGAUGCUGCGACAUGUGACUGUAUCAUCGAACUAUCUCGACAGAUUUCCAGCCUUCCUGUGCGACUUGCCCAGCCUCAGAGAUCUGGACCUGAGCUUCAAUAACAUCGACACCUUGCCAGAAGAUAUUGGCGAACUUGGGAACCUGGAGAAGUUUCUCAUCACGAACAAUCGUCUUAAAGCUGUGCCCGACUCGUUCGCAGACCUGGUGAACUUGCGAGAGCUCGACAUUAAGUACAACGCCAUUACCUCCAUCAACACUAUCUCGGAGCUCCCUAAGCUGGAGAUCCUCUAUGCCGACCACAACUCCAUCUCCGCCUUCAGCGGCAGUUUCUACACUCUCCGCCAUUUGAAGCUCAACUCCAACCCUCUGAACAAAUUUGAGCUCGAACAGUCUAUGCCCACGCUCAAGACGCUGAACCUAUCCACAGGGCAGCUGGCAAGCAUCGAUUCUGCCUUUGCUCAUGUACCGAAUCUAGAAAAUCUUAUACUGGACAAGAACUACUUCGUGUCGCUGCCCGUGCAGAUUGGCACACUGUCGCGAUUAGAGCACUUUAGCAUCGCCAAUAACUCGGUUGGAGAGCUGCCUCCGCAGAUCGGUUGCCUGACGGAGUUGCGGCGCUUGGAUGUGCGAGGGAAUAAUAUAUCGAAGCUGCCAAUGGAGAUCUGGUGGGCCAAGAAACUCGAAUAUCUCAAUGCGUCAUCCAACGUCCUGGAGCAGUUUCCCAAAGCUGCGUCGAGACCGCCACGUGUGCCCGGGGAAGAGCAUAGCGGGCCGCCACCUACAGUCCGGAACGGGCCCUCUCUCCCUCUGGGAUCUCUAUCUACGACACCCAGCUCAGAAGAACUGUCGGAUGACAGGAGGCCAAGUCAGGCCUCGAGCACCCUGCUAAGUAUUGGGCCCUCGCCAGCAUCUGACCGUAAGAGCUCGGUGGUGUCGGUUUAUGGGAAGGGAGGACGACAGACUUCGGUUGUCUCAAGGUCUGGCACGUCGUCGAACACUGCCACGGCUCCCUUGACAGGUCGAAAGGACUCGACUCUCUCGUCGCGAAUGUCCAACACCUUUGCUGGCUCCCUGCGCAAUCUGUCCUUGGCCGACAACCGUCUCGACGACGACGUUUUCGACCAGAUUGCGUACCUAGCGGAGCUUCGUAUCCUCAACUUAUCCUACAAUGACGAGAUCACGGACAUGCCCCAGCGAGCCAUCAAGAGCUGGCCCCAACUAGUGGAGCUGUAUCUUUCAGGAAACGGUCUUACAAGCCUGCCCGCUGACGACCUGGAAGAGACGAGCUUGUUGCAGACAUUAUUCAUCAACGGCAACAAGUUCACGAAUUUGCCAGCGGACAUCUCUCGAGCUUCCAAACUGGCCGUACUGGACUGCGGCAGCAACCAGCUCAAGUACAACAUCUCCAACGUGCCGUAUGACUGGAACUGGAACCUGAACCCCCAACUGCGAUAUCUGAACUUGUCGGGCAACAAAAAGCUUGAGAUCAAGCAGACAAUCCCACCCACGGGCUCGACAGCUGUAGCUACGCCUGGCAUGUUCGAUGUUGGUUCGUUGACAGACUUUAGCAAGCUCACUAAUCUGAGGAUCCUUGGCCUGAUGGAUGUCACACUUACCCAGCCCAGUAUUCCCGACCAAAGCGAGGACCGCCGAGUGCGCACAUCAGGUUCGCUGGCCGGACAUCUCAAGUAUGGCAUGGCGGACACACUUGGCAGGAAUGAGCAUCUGUCUGCCGUUGAUCUCGUUGUGCCACGCUUCAAUUCCUCAGAGACCGAGAUGCUACUGGGGCUGUUCGAUGGAGCGCCGUUGUCCAUGGGAGGGUCCAAGAUUGCCAAGUACCUGCACGAAAACUUCGGGCAUAUAUUUGCACAGGAGCUCAAGAGUCUCAAGACGGAGGGCGCCGAGACUCCCGAAGACGCACUCCGGCGCGCUUUCCUCGCCGUGAACAAAGACCUGGCCACGAUAGGUGUGCAGCGCACCGACGAUCGACCUCGAACGACGCAACGACUACACCCUCACAGCCAACCUCUUGUGAUCAGUAAAGAGGACUUGUCGUCUGGUGGUGUGGCGACAGUCGUCUAUCUCAAAGGCACUGAACUCUAUGUUGCCAAUGUUGGAGAUGCACAGGCGAUGGUCGUCAAGUCCAACAACAGUCAUGUCAUGCUCACGAAGAAACACGAUCCGGCCGAGCCAACCGAACGCUCCCGGAUACGAGAGGCCGGCGGCUGGGUAUCCAGGAACGGUCGGCUGAACGACAAGCUGGAGGUGUCGCGCGCUUUUGGAUACAGCGACAUGAUCCCCGUCGUCCAGGCGUGCCCUUGGGUCAGUCAAAUGUCGAUUAGGGAGACGGAUGAGAUCAUCAUCAUGGCGACCAAGGAGCUUUGGGAAUACCUCUCGCCCGAGCUGAUUACAGACAUUGCUCGCGCCGAGCGGCAAGAUCUCAUGCGGGCGGCGCAAAAGCUGCGUGACCUGGCAAUGGCGUAUGGCGCGACCGGCAAGAUCAUGGUCAUGAUCAUCAGCGUCACUGAUCUCAAGAGGCGCGUGGAACGAUCGAGGACAGGCAACCGCGGCCCGAGCAUGUCGCUCUACCCUUCGGGUGUGCCAGACGAGUUCAUUCACCGUCCCUUGAAGAAGAGCAAGACUGGCGUGCUGGAUUCGUCGCUGAACCGACUCGAGGCGGAGAUCCCCGCCCCUACUGGGACCAUCUCCAUCGUCUUCACCGAUAUCAAGAACUCGACCAUGCUGUGGGAGAUGUACCCCAAUGCGAUGCGCUCGGCCAUCAAGCUGCACCACGAGGUUAUGCGACGACAGCUGCGACAGAUUGGAGGAUACGAAGUCAAGACUGAAGGCGAUGCGUUUAUGGUAUCGUUUCCCACUGCCACGUCCGCCCUACUCUGGUGUUUCGCUGUGCAGCUGAGUCUGCUUGAAGUCAAUUGGCCAUCGGAGGUUCUCACUGCCGCUUCUGCAGAGGUCAUUCACGACAACAACGGAAGCGUCAUCUUCAAAGGCCUCUCGGUUCGCAUGGGUAUCCACCACGGCGACUGCGUCAGCGAGACAGACCCAGUCACGCGACGUAUGGAUUACUUCGGGCCCAUGGUCAACAAGGCGGCCCGUGUGUCAGCAGUAGCCGAUGGCGGCCAAAUCACAGUGUCCUCCGAUUUCAUCUCUGAGAUUCAGAGGUGUCUCGAAAACUACCAGGACACCGACCGCCAGGGCUCAUCGGGGUCGGAAGGGUACGAAGAGGAGUAUGCCAAUUCCAUUCGCAAGGAUCUGCGAUCUCUUACGUCUCGAGGCUUUGAGGUCAAGGAGAUGGGCGAGAAGAAGCUGAAGGGCCUCGAGAACCCCGAGGUCAUCUACUCUCUCUACCCCCACGAACUUGCUGGCCGAAUCGAGUACCACCAACAGAUUGAGCGCCGGGACGACAAUCCGGACGCUGUCAAGCCACAAACCGUCCGGACCGGCCAGGGCGCCGAUCUCAAGCCUGAGGUCGUCUGGGAUCUCUGGAGGGUUAGCUUGCGCCUCGAGAUGCUGUGCAGCACACUCGAGGAGGUUCGCGGCUCCGGAUUGCAGCCGCCCGAGACGGAGCUGAUAGAUCGGUUGAAGGCGCGUAGUGGCGAGAUUUCAGAGCGUUUCCUGAUGAACUUCAUGGAACACCAAGUCAGUAGGAUAGAGGCUUGCGUUACAACAAUAGCAGUACGAUAUCUGGCCCGCUGCGACGGACCAUUGCACGAGCUUAAUCAGCUUCGCGCACCCAUGUCCGCUGUGCUGGACUUCUUUGUCCAGCAAAAGAAGGAGCUGGAGCGGUAUCGCGCAUUGUACGGCGACCUGCCGCCGGACCACGCAAUAACAAAUGACGACGGCAAUGUUGACGAUGACGACGACACGGAGGGCAGCUCCACGGCGCAGGAAUGA